AUGUCUUCACGUGGAGGAGCUCAGGGUCACUUCCUUCCAGUUGGAGAAGGAGCCCAGGCCAUGGCGGACCCCCUGUCUGACAGCAGCCCCCUCAUCAUGGCGGAGGCCUCCUGCAAGCUGCGCCUGGUCUGCCUGCUGGUGGAAGGCGGCGCCCGGGUCAACGGCAGCGACCCCGGAGGAGCGACCCCGCUGCUGGCGGCCUGCCGGGCCCUGAGGGGGGAGCCCGCCGGGCCGGCGCCGCUACAGCUGCUCACCUACCUGCUCCGCAACAAGGCGGACCCCAACGUGAGGGACCGGGCCGGCCGCACCGCCCUGAUGUACGCCUGCAUGGAGCAGGCCGGCGCCCGGGUGGCGUCCGCCCUGCUGGCCGCCGGAGCCGACCCGAGCGCGGAGGACGAGUCCGGAGCCUCGGCGCUGGUGUACGCCAUCAACGCACAGCACCGGCCCACGCUGAAGGUGCUGGUGGACGCCUGCCGGGCCCGGGGCCGUGACAUAAUCAUCAUCGCCACGGAGACGGGCGUGACCGGAGGCCCGGUGACCCGGCACUACUUGAACGUUCCCCCGUGCCCCACCUCCUCGCCGGUGUCCUGCAUGUUCCCGUCAGACAUCGUGCUCCGGAACACCGGAUCCCCCCGAGGAGGAGACAACGUCUUCGACUUCAGAGGAGGAGGAGGAGGAGCGAGCCAAUCAGGAAGCAGCAGUCUUCCCCCCGAGAGCCCAGACAGAGAGUGCUGUCUGAACCGUGGCUCGCCAUCCAGAACCUGGCCCGCCUGA